UCUCUAUUAUGACGUUUCUCUUCGUCCUCUACAGAAAUAAAAACCCAUAAUUUCAAAAAAAGAUUCUAACUUUCUGUCUCUGCUUUCUCUGUUGUUCUGCAAAAAAAUUCAAUUUUUUCAAAGUGUUAAACUGUUCCGUCUCUGUUUUGUUCGAUUGGGUAUGUGUGUGAGAGAUUUUUAAUGGGUUUGUUGGUCCCGUAGCUGAUACUGAAACCUCUUUUCACCAGCUGACCCCACCUGAGAAUUUUAGUGAGAGAUGGUAAUAAAUACGACUUGUUUGUCUUUUUUCCCAUAAUUUUCUAUCUGAGGUGUGAUUGAGCUGUUCCGUCCUUAAUUUGGUCUUCUGGGUUUUUGUUUUUAUGAAUUUUUUUCUUUUUUUUGCUUGAUUCUGGUACAUGGGUUUGUUGGAACUUAGCAGUGGUAGUUUCAAGCUUUGCUUUUUUCUCAUCCUUUUUCAGCUGAUAUUGGUCGUUUCACGUUUUUCGGAGCUUGUUUGGUUGUGUUCUCUGAGCUUCUGUGGUUGUCAAUAGCUCAGCAUAAUUUUUUGGGUAUAGUACUGUUGUCGUCAAUUUACUUGCUGUGACUUUUGAAUUAUCAUUUUGUUUUUGAAACCAAUAAAGGUUUUAGACUGUUCGUAUAGGUGUAGUGUUUUUUUUUUUUUUUCCGCUCCAGAUUUUAUGGGUGGGUUCGAUACUUAGGCAAAAUGGUAAUGGACUUCAAGUGAAGAUCUAAUUUGACGAUCGGGGUUUUGGUUGUGAUUGGAUGUUGGUUUCGUUUUGAGGAUUUCUUGAAUUUAAAAUAUUUGAGAAGAGAGGGAAAGAGGAUAAUAGUGGGAAGAAAGCUAAGGAAUCAUUUUUCAAUUGAGUUUCCAUGGAAGGACGAGUGGAGCUUGAUGAAGACAAUGAUAACAAAGGCAGUAUGUGGGUUUUGGAUCAGAAGCUUGAUCAACCCAUGGAUGAGGAGGCUGGGAGGCUUAGAAAUAUGUACAGGGAAAAGUUCUCAGCGAUAUUGCUUCUGCGGCUUGCAUUCCAAAGUCUUGGAGUGGUUUUUGGAGAUUUAGGAACUUCUCCCUUGUAUGUUUUUUACAAUACAUUUCCGCAUCAGAUAAAAGAUCCAGAGGAUGUGAUUGGUGCUCUAUCACUGAUUAUAUACUCUCUUACACUUAUUCCACUUCUCAAGUAUGUCUUUGUUGUCUGCAAGGCGAAUGACAAUGGUCAAGGUGGAACAUUUGCUCUUUAUUCUUUGCUAUGUCGACAUGCAAACGUGAAAAUUAUUCCUAACCAACACCGAACUGAUGAAGAGUUGACAACGUAUAGCCGAACUACUUUUCGUGAACAGUCAUAUGCUGCAAAAACAAAGAGAUGGCUAGAGAAGCAUGUAGCUAGGAAGAAUGCAUUGCUUCUUCUUGUCCUUGUUGGCACUUGUAUGGUUAUUGGAGAUGGGAUUCUCACUCCAGCUAUAUCAGUUUUAUCAGCUGUUGGUGGGAUCAAGGUAAACAGCCCCAAUAUGAACAAUGAUGUUGUCAUACUUGUUGCAGUUGUGGUAUUAGUAGGUUUGUUUAGCAUGCAACACUAUGGCACAGAUAGAGUUGGUUGGCUUUUUGCUCCAAUUGUGCUAUUGUGGUUUCUCUUGAUUGGAGGUAUUGGCAUAUUCAACAUCUGGAAAUACAACAGCGGCGUUCUGAGAGCUUUCUCACCUGUGUAUAUAUUUCGUUAUUUUAGAAGGAAUGGAAAAAAUGGAUGGACGUCACUUGGAGGCAUAAUGCUUAGUAUAACAGGAACUGAGGCACUCUUUGCCGACCUAUCCCAUUUUCCAGUUUCAGCUGUUCAGAUUGCUUUUACUCUAGUCGUGUUUCCUUGCCUUCUUUUAGCUUAUUCUGGACAAGCUGCCUACCUUAUGCAUAACACAGGUCAUGCGUCUGAUGCAUUCUAUCGUUCUAUUCCAGAAGGCAUAUACUGGCCAAUGUUCAUUGUUGCCACUGCAGCCGCUGUAGUUGCAAGUCAGGCUACUAUAUCCGCAACAUUUUCAGUAAUCAAGCAGGCUCUUGCACAUGGCUGCUUUCCUAGAGUCAAAGUUGUACAUACAUCAAAGAAGUUUCUCGGCCAAAUAUAUAUUCCAGAUAUCAACUGGAUCCUUAUGAUCCUUUGCAUUGCUGUGACAGCUGGAUUCAGAAAGCAAAGCCAAAUUGGAAAUGCUUAUGGGACAGCAGUUGUGAUAGUCAUGUUGGUAACCACACUACUUAUGACUCUAAUCAUGAUAUUAGUGUGGCGCUGCCAUUGGAUUCUUGUCUUACUCUUCACUGGUUUAUCUCUGGUCGUGGAGUGCACUUACUUCUCUGCUGUACUUUUCAAGGUUGAUCAAGGUGGUUGGGUACCACUUGUGAUUGCUGCAGCCUUUCUUCUCAUCAUGUAUGUUUGGCAUUAUGGUACAGUGAAACGUUACGAGUUUGAGAUGCACAGUAAAGUUUCAAUGGCAUGGAUUCUUGGGCUUGGUCCUAGUUUAGGGCUGGUCCGGGUCCCUGGCAUAGGACUUGUGUACACUGAGCUCGCAAGGGGGGUGCCCCACAUCUUUUCCCACUUCAUCACUAACCUGCCAGCCAUCCAUUCUGUUGUUGUCUUUGUCUGUGUGAAGUAUCUUCCGGUGUACACAGUCCCAGAAGAGGAGAGAUUUCUUGUAAAGCGGAUUGGACCGAAGAAUUUCCACAUGUUCCGCUGCGUUGCAAGAUAUGGCUAUAGAGACCUCCACAAGAAAGAUGAUGAUUUUGAGAAAAAGCUUUUCGAUAACCUUUUUACAUUUGUCCGGCUUGAGGCUAUGAUGGAGGGUUGUUCCGACUCUGACGAGUAUAGUCUAUACGGCCAGCAAACGGAGCAGUCAAGAGAUUGCCUCAUGAAUAAUAACAAUGGCAAUACAACUUCCUCCAACAUGGACCUUACUAUUUCGUCGGUGGAUUCGAUUGUGCCUGUAAGAUCUCCAGUACAUGUAAACAAUACUGUUGGGUCAUCUAGUCAGCUGAGUACCCAGACUGAGACAGAUGAGCUAGAGUUUUUGAAAAAUUGUAGAGAUGCAGGAGUGGUGCACAUACUGGGAAAUACAGUAAUAAGAGCAAGUAGGGAUUCAAGGAUCUAUAAGAAGAUAGCUGUUGAUUAUGUAUAUGCAUUUCUUAGGAAGAUAUGCAGGGAGCAUAGUGUGAUAUUCAAUAUUCCUCAUGAGAGUUUAUUGAACGUUGGGCAGAUUUUCUAUGUGUAAUUCUUUGUGGUUAUGACCAAUAAAGCUUAAAUUCUGCUCAUCUUAAAUCAAAUUGUAAAUUUUAAUUUC